AUGUGCGAUCGUAUGUCCCUUUAUUUAUCGAGCCUUGUCGGCUCGUUUGACCGUCUGUUUGCACAUCCGCCUCUGGUCCUUCCAGUCGUGUGCAUUCAUGUCAGAUGUGGGCAUUCUCUUGUCGCUUGUCCGCUUGCCGGCAUGUCUCUUCUGACGGUCGUUUGGUUUGAAGUCGAGUCCGCCAGCAAAGAAUGCACAAAAAUCAAGUUCUCGCAUCUGCUUCCUCGGCCUCGGCCCAACGCUCUGAUUAACACCGCACUAAAUCUUCCCUACACCCCUCGCCAUUCCAGACUUCACUCAUAUCGGCCGCAAUGCUGGCGUGUUUCUGAGGCCGCCACGACCGAGGGUAGCAACCGUGACACCGCCACGACAGGUACAACAUACCUGUUGACAAGGUCCCGGUGGAAAAUGACCACUUGUUGGUCGGCUGGUCGGCUGGUCGGCUGGUCGGUCUGUAUGAUGGCAAAGUGGGCCAGUCGUAUUGGUUUGUUGGUUCAGCCUCAUCCCAAAUGGGCCGAAUGGGCCGAAUGGGCCACGGGUCUCUUAAAUGGCAGAUGA